UUUCUAGCUCAUUUUCCAUGAAAUUUCCCUGUAAUUUUCUUGUUGUCAAUCAAGAAGAAAAGAGUUUAUUUAAGAGGGGGAGACAUACCCUCUGUUUCCAUUCCCUCCAAAACCAUCUCUCUCUUUCUCUACGUAAAUUCUGUGCCAUCCAUGCACCCUUCCGCUCCACCGUACAAUGAUCAUCAUCACAACUACGCUCCUCCCUCUCCAUUUCCUUACUUCGCCGCUAGUCCCAAUCACAGUCAUGGACCCAAUCCAAAUCCCCUUUACUCUACUACUGAGUAUGGGUAUCCAAAUCCAUACAACCAUCAUCUAGGUCCAGGCUCUUCACUACCACCUAUAUAUAUAGGUUCGUGCCAUGUUAAUAUUAAUGUCGGAGAACCUUUGGUCGCAGAGAGGUAUGAUAAUGGUGGCGACAGUAGUGGUGGUAAUGGUAAGAGCCGACCUAAGUUGGAUUUAGAUGGGUGCCAACAACUGGAUAGUGGGAUGUCUUACGAUGAUCAUAGUGGUUAUGAUUCACGUGAUGGUGCUUUUUAUGCUAAUUCGAAGACAUGGAGGGUGGAGAAAGCAUCUUCCACAUUUUUUUAUUUUUUAUUUUUUGAACCAUUGUUGGCUUUUGUGUUGCAGAAAGUAGUAUUGAAAUUAGCUAUAAAUGACGACAAAGCCAAGAAAAAGGUUAUAGAAACAGUUUCCAAACUUGCUGGAAUUGAAUCAAUUGCUGUGGACAUGAAGGAGAAUAAAUUAACGGUGAUCGGCGAUGUUGAUCUAGUUACGCUAGUCAAAAAAUUGCGCAAAUUAUGCCACACAGAGACUGUAAGUGUCGGGCCCGCCAAAGAACUUGAAAAGAAGAAUGGUAAGCCUAAAAAAGAUGAGGGGAAAAAGUUUGAAGAGCCUAAAAAAGAUGGAGGUAGAAGAAAGGAUGAGGAAGAGGGGAAGAAAAUAGCAGAGCUUGUGAGUGCUUACAAUCCUCAAAUAGCACAGUACUACUAUGUUGAUAAUAAAGAGGAGAAUCCAGAAGGUUGUGUUAUUUGUUAAUUUUAUGAUUGACAAAACAAAUAGUUUGGACCCUUUUGUUGAUUGCUAUAAUGGAUUUUGAGUCAUGUUUAAAUCUCAUGUGAGGUGAGGAAUUAAAUAAAUAAAUCAGUGGGGUCAGCGUGUAAUUCUAUGUAUAUAGUUUGGUUGGGUUGGGUUCUUUGAUCUUUGUGAUAUACGCAAUACAAUAUGCAGACAGAAUAAAUAUAUUUUCCAAGUUAGUUAA